AUGUCGAACACAGUACGUAUGAGAAGAGAGUGGCACGGUUCAGCCCUGCCCUCGCAUGUCACAAUCCCGCUGCCGUCACCAGCGGAACUGGUGCGGCUCUGCACGAAAUCUCACCCCCUUGGUUAUACCAUCGGCAUGCCCUAUCCAGAUGCGGAUUCUCCUGUAUUUUGGAUCAAGUAUCGUUCGAAGCUUGUAUGGAACGAGCUGGCCGCACAGAAAAUGGCUCACGAUGGACUUCGCGAGCUCAACUCCCCAGUCAAGGCACCAGCGGUAUAUUAUGGCUGCCAGGUGACCGUCCAUAAAGAUGACGCCCAUGCAUGGCAAAGUCGAACAUAUUUUGUGAUGGAGUAUAUCUCAGGCAAGACAGCAGCUCAACGCUUGGAAGAGGCAACUGAUGAUGCGACCAAGGAUGACAUAUACAAACAAAUAGCAUUGGCUUUGUCAGAGUUGCAUCGCAUCCCAGUGCCCCAGGACUCGCGUCCCGCGGCGGUUAACGGAGAGACCAUACGCCACGUGCUCUUUUACGACAACGAGGCUUCAAUACAUUACAGAAAUGUAACUGAAUUGGAAGAACACUUUAAUGCGUUUCUCACUCUGACAAAAAGAAAACAUCGUGUCAAGAAUCUUGCGCAAGAACCCAUGGUAUUUUGUUACUCCGACAUUUGGCUAGGCAACUUCAUACUCGAUGAUCAGGGUCGCAUUACGGUGGUGGACUUUGAGGACGCGAGUAUUCUGCCGUCUAGCUUCUCCAAGCUUGUACUGGCCGGUACAUGGGAGAAAAUCGACAGAGACAUUCGACACAUGGUGGUAGUUCCACAAGCCAAAGACAUUGACAACACACGCGCACUUGUUGCCAUUUCUUACCCAAUACAGGUGUGCGGAGGGUUUGCAAAUGCCGGUCGCAAAAUACUCGGAUAUUAUGAGAUAGAAGAAGCUGACAAGGUGGAUAAGGUGGUGACAGACGAGCAAGGACAGCCUUUGUCUGCGCCAGCCAUGACGAAGUUGACCCUGGAGCUGAGACGGCCCAUAGCUGUGGAGGGUCUACCGCCGCCGCCGCCGGAGCCGCGGCAUCGCCCGUAUACUCCGCCCCCCAUUGACCCAGCUUGGGAGCAGAAGUGGCUACAAUAUUUCGGGGGGGGACAUGUCGCACAAGCAAGUUCAGAAUCUCAGCCGUGUCCUAAACGCGCUUAA